AAAAUUCGUGAUGUUUGGAUGUACUUCCAUAGAUGUAUAUCAACAUUUAUGAAAUAAGAAAAACAUGUGUAAACCAAAAACAAAGAAAAAAUAGUUGGUUACUGGCAUACAUUUCAGUGAAAAUGGAACGUAUAUAGUGUGUACACACCUGGGUUGGCACAACGGUCUACUUUGUUGAACACUUCAUUGAAAUAUUAUUCCAUGAAAGGCUGUACUCACGAGUGUACAGUUUCUGGACUAUUGGUCUUUUAUAACUUGUGCUUGAUAUAGAUCGUAUCGGUGAAUUAAAAGCUUUUUCAUAUCCGUAUAAUUGAUCAAGGAGGAGGGUAAAUAUUCUAUUAUCGUAUAAUUCAUUGUCGUGAAAGACGUCCCUAACAUCAGUGACCGCCGUUCUUUCUUGAAAAGGAUAAUUGUAUAUCGACAAUGACUCAAAAUGAUAAUAAAAUGGAUACCUAUAGUGUAAACGAAGUUCCAGACAAUCAUUGGCGGCAUCAACACAUGAUCGGCUCUUGUACUUAGAUAGUGAUACCAUAUGUAAUUAAUAACUGAUAAACUAUGAGUAUUUAAAGUGAUCUCAUAUGCAAGACAAUGGAUAAACUAUGAGUAAUUUAGAAUCAAAGCAUUGGAAUACGACACGCAUUGUGACCGUCAUUUCACUUACCUGCUUAUCGCUAUACGUUUUGACUUACCAAAAUGUCGGAUCUCCUACCGAACAUCAAAACGUUAUUUCUUCGAAGGAAAUUCUGAAUGGGGAAAUGUCCGUGUUUCUUGAUUCACAAAUGCAGGAUUGUAUUGGCAACACUGCUAAUAAAAGCAUUGCAAAACCUGUGACAAGUGCCAGGUUUUCGCGGAUAAAGAUAACUGAAUCUGGUUCAAGCAAUGUGAUAAAUCUGCUCAUAAGAACGUUUAAUGCCAGAAAUACAACUAAAUCAUACGGCGGUGAUUUACUCGUUGUUUUAGGAUAUCAAAUAAACGGCGAUGGGAAGGUUGUAGGCAAAGUUGUGGACCACAAAAAUGGAUCUUACACCGGUCAGUUAGAAUUAUGGUGGACAGGACAGACUCGAGUCAAGAUUAAAAUAGGUGCUAUGUUUGAGAACACUUGUUUAAGGUAUAGUGCUAUUGAAAAAUACGGCCUUUCUGUGUAUGUUAUGAAAAAUGUUUGGGGUAUUCGAGGAAGAUAUAAAGCGCCUGGUUUAGAAGAAUACACGCCAUGUAGUGCUUCCGCCUACGUGUAUGGGGUACGGGAUUUCUGUAAUUACACAAACAAUAAUGACGGUAUGUCGUGGUUCUGUGGACGACCGGAAAACAAGUCGAUUUCAUGUAACGAUAUCUUUACUUUUCACUCUGGCCAAUUUAUGAGUUUCAUACCAAUUAUGCCUCAUGUUGAAAAGCACGAGAAAAUUGUGUCCCCAACGGUGGCAUAUAUGAAAGAAUCAUUUGUAGUGAAUGUUUCAAAUGUCAAGGAAGUGUCAUGGCAACAAAACAACAGCUGCAAAACUAGGCCAAAACGUGACACGUGGCGUGAUAUCUAUGAAUUCCCAAGCGGAUUUUGGAUAAAUGGAACAUGGAUUUGUUUCAGCUGUUUCUCUAAUUCUUUUCAUUCAGCUGUAUCCUAUAGAAAAUGCUUGAAUGGUAAAAGGAUGUAUAUUUUGGGUGAUUCAACCAUUCGGCAGUACGCCGAAUACUUCAUCAACACGGUCCUUGAAUAUAAACCCAGAAUCGACCUUCGCAGAUUUGGGCCGGACAGAACAUACCACUUUCGAAAAACAUUUUAUAAAUACGGAAUUAAUGUGGUCUACUUAAAACACGCAAUGCCAUUCACGAAUCAUAAUGCACCAAUUAAAGAAAUCACAGGCUUUGUAACCGAAUUGGAAGCAAUAGCUUCUAGUAACAUAACUGAUUCUCAAAUUAUUAUCAUUGCUGGCUACCAUGCGCAUUUCCAAUUAUACCCAUUGGCCGUAUAUCGCGGGCGUAUCCGAAAACUUGUCAAGUCUUUUACCCGGCUUCUUACAGUUAAACCAUCAGCGCAGUUAUUCUUCAAAGGACCGACAUUUACGUUCGAUGACACUCAUUGGUUUGAUAACAAAAUGAGCAUUACCUACAUGGAAAUCGCGUUUCAAGAGUUUGCACCUUUACACAACCACGUGACAUUUCUUGACACGUGGUCACCAAGUGUUACCCUGGAGACAAGUGGUAUUCAUCCAGUCAACAAGGCAUUUCAAGCUCUCAUUCAGCAAUUUAUGGCAUACUUAUGUUAAUGAACAUUCAUCCUGGAAUAUUGUUUUAAAUUGACACUCGUAUUUGAAACAAAUGCAUACACAUGUAUAUAUUUCAGGUGAUAAUCCUUUAACUGUUAGCUGAAUGAUCCAUUUGUGGGAAAUAUUAAAUACUGAUAAGGAGUUUGUAACCGUGUAUUCAAUACCUGAAAACGAAAAAAAUUUAACUCAAUGAUGGGUUCUUCAAGAAUUACCGUGUUCAACUACCGUCUCAUGAGGUAAAAAAAACCGUGUUUUCUGGACCUUUCUUUCAAAUUAAACACGGUAUGCUUCAUAAGAAAAAUCAUUGUUUCGAUAUUUAUUCACCCCUUUCGGUAAAUGAAAACAAUUGAAUUAAUUGUGGUUAAUCUUUUUUGGGAGUAAGAGUGCUUUUUUGAUGUUGAUGUAAAACGUUGAUGACCUGGUGACCCCAUUUUAUGUUGUAAUCAUUGGAAAUGGAUAAAUGUACUACAGAAGAAUAACAAUAUUUUACAACGAAAAAAAUAGUGCAAAAGUCAACCACAUACUUUAUGUUUAAGUCUUAUAAUAUUUGAGCAAAAUAAACAGGAAAGAAAUAUACAUUUGUUAAAAAAAAACAUUGUCGUAAAUGGCUUGAUAAAAAACAACUUUAUGUAGACAUUGGACACGAGUUUGCGCGAUUUGUGUGCGUUAAAUCGUUGUGUAUUAUUUACUCGUUUAACAAUUAU